ACGACAUUAGUCCACAUUGGUCAGUCCAGCCCAAUUCGACCCAGUCGAGUCCAACCAAGUCCCUAAGUUCAGCUGUAUAUGAAGUGACGCAGAAAGUGACGUGUCGCGAAGAUCACGUUUUCCUCGAGUUCUCCGUGUGUUUAUCUGCAUUAUUAACAAACGCAAUAUCGUGCAAGAUACCAUUGUCUCAUUUCGUCGGGACGUUACUUACGAAAAUGUCUUUUAUAUCGCCAAUGCCGAGUCAGCAAUUUCUUUGGGAUGUAUUCCAGAGGGUGGAUAAGGACAGGUCUGGUGCAAUCAGUGCUGAUGAGCUACAACAAGCUUUGUCAAAUGGUACAUGGACGCCAUUUAAUCCUGAAACUGUACGUCUAAUGAUUGGUAUGUUUGAUAAAUCCGAUCCUGCUACAGGUAUGUUUGAUAAGAAGCAGACAGGUACUGUCAGUUUCGAAGAAUUCGGAGCACUAUGGAAGUACGUGACCGAUUGGGAGAAUUGCUUCCGCUCGUUUGAUCGCGACAAUAGCGGUAACAUUGAUCGCAAUGAAUUGAAGACAGCUCUUAUAAACUUUGGGUACCGAUUAAGCGAUCAAAUAAUUGACAUGCUGAUACGAAAGUACGAUCGCGCGGGUAACGGUACAAUAUACUUUGAUGACUUUAUACAGUGCUGUAUUGUUCUGUAUACUCUUACCAGCGCUUUUAGACGAUUGGAUACGGAUCUGGAUGGCGUGAUAACGAUUCAUUACGAACAAUUUUUGGGCAUGGUGUUUAAUCUUAAGAUAUAAAUUAUACAAUUCCACUCUACAAACAUUUCUUUUUUGCUCGUUCGGUAGCGUAUUCCAUACUUGAGCAUAUACACUAAGAUGCCAAAUAAAGACACAAGAAUUUUCAUGUACUAUAUAAAACCUCAGAAUCUCCAAAA